CGUCAAGUGUCCGUUCACUACUAACCGUUUUUCUGAAACUCCGCUGCUCUCUGUGUCUCCCUCCAAGAGUCCAAAUGCGGAAGUGAAAAAAAUCCCUAACUUCUCCACUGCAAACCUGAAAACCUAAAUCAUCAAAUUUGAACCGACUCAACUCUAUGGACACUCACUCUCACUUAACUGCACCUAAUCGCUCUCGCAGCUCUCAAUCUCCGUCUCCUUCGCACUCGGCCUCGGCCUCGGCCUCCGCCUCUGCAACCUCUUCCAUCCACAAACGGAAACUCGCCGCGGCUGCGGCGGCGUACGACGACCACUUGCCACCAUUUGCUCCGUCUUCUCUGUCCGCAGACACUCGCGACGGCGCUCUCACCUCCAACGACGACCUUGAGAGCAUCUCCGCUCGCGGCGCCGACUCUGACUCCGAUGACGCUGAAGAUUCCGACACCGUCCUCGACGAUGACGAGGAAGACUUCGACAACGAUUCCUCCAUGAGAACGUUCACCACAGCCCGCCUCGAGACCACUAACGCCGCUGGCAGCAGCAGCCGGAACACGAAGAUCAAAAUGGAGAACACGAAUGUCAAGAUUGAAAAUUCUGAUAGCGGGAAGGACGGUGGGCACACAGGGACUGGUGCAGUGGGGCCUGCUGCAGCGGGGAGUUCUGGGCCAGGGAUUGUGGUGAAGGAGGAUUCUGUUAAAAUAUUUACGGAAAAUUUGCAGGCUAGUGGAGCUUAUAGCGCGAGAGAAGAGAGUUUGAAGAGAGAGGAGGAAGCAGGAAAACUCAAGUUUGUGUGUUAUUCAAAUGAUGAUGUUGAUGAGCAUAUGGUUUGGCUGAUAGGAUUGAAGAAUAUAUUUGCGAGGCAGUUGCCUAACAUGCCCAAGGAGUACAUAGUUCGACUUGUGAUGGAUAGAAGCCACAAAUCUGUGAUGAUUAUUAGACGCAAUCAGGUGGUUGGUGGUAUCACUUAUCGUCCAUAUGUCAGUCAGAGGUUUGGGGAGAUAGCUUUUUGUGCAAUCACCGCAGAUGAACAAGUAAAAGGUUAUGGCACGAGAUUGAUGAAUCACUUAAAGCAGCAUGCACGUGAUGUUGAUGGGUUAACACAUUUUCUGACGUAUGCUGACAAUAAUGCUGUUGGUUAUUUUAUCAAGCAGGGUUUCACAAAAGAGAUUUACUUGGAGAAAGAUCGAUGGCAAGGGUAUAUUAAAGACUAUGAUGGAGGUAUCUUAAUGGAAUGCAAGAUUGAUCAAAAACUUCCUUACACUGACUUAUCAACCAUGAUUCGUCGUCAGAGACAGGCAAUUGAUGAAAAGAUAAGAGAGCUAUCCAAUUGUCAUAUCAUCUAUCCUGGAAUUGAUUUUCAAAAGAAAGAAGCUGGUAUUCCCAAGAAAAUCAUCAAAGUCGAGGAUAUUCCUGGCUUGAGGGAGGCUGGGUGGACUCUUGAUCAAUGGGGCCAUUCACGUUUCAGAACAUUAAACACUGCUACGGAUAGUGCCACAAAUCAAAAACAUUUGACUGCAUUUAUGCGCUCACUUUUAAAGUCAAUGCAUGACCAUGUGGAUGCUUGGCCAUUUAAGGAACCAGUUGAUGCUCGUGAUGUCCCUGAUUAUUAUGACAUCAUCAAGGAUCCCAUGGAUCUGAAGACGAUGUCAAAAAGGGUAGAGUCAGAACAAUACUAUGUAACACUUGAGAUGUUCAUUGCUGAUGUUAAGAGGAUGUGUGCCAAUGCACGGACAUACAACUCACCUGAUACCAUUUAUUAUAAGUGUGCAACCAGGCUGGAAGCCCAUUUUCAAAGCAAGGUUCAGUCAGGCAUCCAAUCUGCAUAUUGCCAGAGGAAAUUUGGAAGAGUGGGUUUGCCUUUGGCAGUUGUCAGGUUCUUGAACUGCGUGGAUGGUCACAACUUUUUACCAAGCUUGGCGGGCGUACAUCCAUCAAUGGUGGGCCUUUUGAUAGUUCAUUGACGACCAUUGUUGCUAUUUUUCAGGGAUGGCAAUGAUGAUGUUACCAUAUUUUUUGUAUUCUAUCCUAUCGUUUCUACCAAAUAACAAUAUACAGCCUGGAAGCUGAUGUUUUUUAA